AUGGCAGAAGAGACCCAACAGCUUCUGUUUGAAAAACCAAAGGUGUAUCAAGGGGUCCGGGUGAAGAUCACAGUGAAGGAGCUGCUGCAGCAGAGGCGGGCACACCAGGCGACAUCAGGGGGAACCUUGUCCCGGAAUAGUGGUGUCCAGUUUUCAGAAGCAGUUUUGCCUUCUUCUGCAGCUCCCUGUUUUGAGCCAGAGCCUAUUUCUGCUGCACCCAACUAUUUUCAGCCCCGACAGUUUUCCAGCUGUAUGUCCUGUGAAGAAAACCCCAGCUGCCUUGACCAGGUCUUAGAAUCUUACCUUCCAGCAGAGACGCUCCUGGACCACUCACUCAGCUCCACACAAGGCAUCCCACCAUGUUUCCCAGACAGUUUUCAAGCCACCCCUUUCUGCUUUAACCAGAGCCUGGCACCUGGAUCACCCUCAGAUUCAUCAACUCUGUCCAGCCCUCUGGAAUACAGUUACUCCCCACCUCAGCAACCGUCAUUGGCUCCAGUGACUUACAACUCUCCCUCCUCCCUGGACACGAGGAACUGUGGGUAUCCCUCGGAAGAGUACUCGUACCAUCAUUUCCACUCUCACCCCCAAUACAGCUGUUGCACCUCAUCCUCCUCUUCCUCUGUCUGUUACUGCACAUCAUGUGAGACAGACCACCUGGACACCAUCAAAGUAUCAGAGUACUUCUCCUAUCCAGAUACAGACUGUAUAGACUAUUCCCAUUCCCUGCCGACAGCCAUGACCGAUGAUUUCUAUAGAAGGGAAGCAGAUUGUGACAUCUGCUACAGUUAA